GGCAAAAGAUCCGCACAUCCGUAUUUUGUUGCCUACAUUUUUGUGUCUGGACAGCAAAUAAAGCUUUCAGAUCUUUCCUCCUUGUUAUUAUCAUUCUCGCCCUCACCUAUCUGAAUCUCUUUGCCCUUUUCCGGUGAGCUUCGCCGGUGUGCUGUCCUCACCUUAUGCCUCCAAAAGCGAAAAAGAACCCUGCGUCAGGGUCCAGCAAUAGCUUCUACGAAGAGCAGCAGCUGGCAGAUGACACAGUAAUACUGGAGGAAAAGCUAAAGGCCCUAAAGCGGGUGUAUCUCGCACGGAUGGAAAAACUAGCGGAGAAGAAGCAGCAGCAGCUCGAACUAGAAAAGACUGUGAGUACCUGCGGGGAAGGACUCCAGCUUAAGAAAGACGAGAGGACCGAUGUCCUUACUGACUGCACGCGAGUCUACAAAGUAGACGAGCAAAAAGCCGUGCGCGAAGUUGCUAAACUUGAUGCAUCUCUCAACGAUUUACAGGAGGCAAAGCGGAAGACGCAAAGUAAAAUUGAAGAAUGCACAGCUGAUUUCGACAAUCGAAUAAAAGGCAAGAAGAGGGAGUACGAAUUUUUGUGUGAACGAACCGCGAACAUGGAGAAGGAGUUCGCAACGUUACUAUCUGAUGUUGCACAGAGUGCACCGUGA